AUGCAUGUGUAUAAUAUUUUAGACGGUGGUCCAAAAAUCAAAGCCGAAGCAAAUGAAUACUGGUGGUACUACGAUUACGUUGUUGGGACGACAAAGACGAAGAUUGCUGAGAACGGGAAGAUUGAAAUGAAGUUGAAACGGCAAGUUCGAGUCGCCUAUAUUGUAGUCAAUGUUACAAUUUUGCCGAAAGAUUCUCCGGAAGCGCCAACUGAAGAUUCCUCUGAUGAAGAGCCCGACCACGAAGCUGCCAUCGAUGCUGUAUGAUUGCAGUGCAUAGACCCGGAAGGACUACUUUAUGGAAAUAAUGAGUGGGAGUACCCGAAAGAGAUCGAAGGCAAUUCGGCAAUUAUUGAGCUUGAAUACGAAGACGAAUGGGCCUACCCGUCAGAUUUAGACUGCCGCUGGAAAUUCGGUGAGCAAGGAGUGCCAAUUCGUGUUCUGUUCGAGCAUAUAAACAUCGAGUAUUCUGAUGACUGCGGUUAUGACGGUAUUUUCAUAAAUGGAAACGCAUAUUGCGGCGACAGAGGAGGGUCAACUACCCCUGAAUCUUGGCAAAACGAAAUGGCUUUUACGGGGCCCAUUGAAAUCGAAUUCCUUUCUGAUGGAAGUGUUGGCACCAACGACGACAAUUUACGAAGUGGUUUUAGAAUAAGACUGGAUAAGCCUAUAACAGACAACAUGGCCACAUGCAUCUGUCCUCAUACAUAUAAAGGCGAGUUCUGCGAAGUAGAAAAAACAUUCUGUGAACAAUUUCCGAAUUACUGCCAAAAUGGAGAUUGUAAUGAUGGUGGCUACUGCGACUGCUUUCCAGGAUUCACAGGAACAGCCUGCGAAAUCAAUAUCGACGACUGCGUCGGUCAUAGCUGCCAAAAUGGCCGAUGUGUGGACCUUGUGCAGGGUUAUGAAUGCCGCUGCGACCUUGGUUACUCUGGCGAAUUUUGCGAAGUCAACAUUUACGAUUGUGAAUUCCAUCAAUGUCAGUUUGGAGAAUGCUUGGAUGCUAUUAACAAUUAUACAUGCGAGUGUUUCUCUGGUUAUGAAGGCAGAUUUUGUGACAUAAAUACUGAUGACUGUGCUGAUGUAUUAUGUCUAAAUGGAGGAGUUUGUGAGGACUUGAUAGAUGGAUUUGAAUGCAUUUGCACAAUCGGAUUCAGGGGUAGCUUUUGCGAAGAAAACAUCGAUGACUGUAUUGGUGUAAAUUGCAACAAUGGAAGAUGCACUGACGGGAUCAACUCCUUUGUAUGCGAGUGUGACCCCGGUUUUACAGGGAAUACAUGUGAUCAAACCGAUCUGGAUUCUUUCGAAUGUAAUUGUGACCCUGGCUUUAGCGGAGAGUUUUGCCAAAUCAAUAACGAUGAUUGUUUGGGAGUUGACUGCAACAAUGGUGCUUGUAUAGAUGGAGCAAACACCUUUACAUGUGUUUGUAACGAGGGAUUCACGGGCUCACUCUGUGACAUCAACGAAGAUAAUUGUGCGCUAGCAGAUUGCAAUAACGGUGUAUGCGUGGAUGGCAUUGACUCUUACUUGUGCGAGUGUUUCAAUGGAUUUUCUGGUGAGCAUUGCGAAACGAACAUCGAUGAUUGUAUCGAUGUCCAGUGUAAUAAUGGGAUUUGUAUCGAUCAAAUUGAGUCUUUCCGGUGUGAAUGCGAGCCAGGAUAUACAGGACUCUUUUGUGAGGUGAACGCUGAUCCUUGCGCUGGUGUUGACUGCAACAAUGGUGUUUGUGAGCGAAAUUCAACAGGGUUUACGUGCGAUUGUUUUCCGGGUUAUUCAGGAGAGUUUUGUACCAUUGAUGUGGAUGAAUGUGCAGAAGUUAAUUGUAAUAAUGGCGUCUGUGUCGAUGGUAUCAACUCGUUUUCUUGCAAUUGUGAAGACGGCUUCUCAGGAGAUUACUAUAUCGACUGCAAUGGUGGAACUUGUAUCGAUCUUAUUAAUGGAUUCGAAUGUCAAUGCCCGUCCGGUUUCAGUGGAGAAUUCUGCGAGAUAGAUCAAGACGAUUGUAUAGGAGUAGAGUGUGAGAACGGUGGCAUAUGCUUGGAUAUGGUUGCUGCAUUUGCGUGCGACUGUCCUCCCGGAUUUACAGGGACCUUUUGCGAAGAAGACAUCAACGACUGUAGUUCUGACUCUUGCGCAAACUCAGGAAUUUGUGUGAACCUGAAUGGGCCUGGAUUUGAGUGUGAAUGCACAAGCAAUUACACUGGCGCUGACUGUUCGCAAGAAGUUAACUUCUGCAUUUCAAGAAGACGAGAGUGUCUGAAUGGAGGACAGUGCUUUCCAGUUUUGGGAGGAAUUACUUGCGCCUGUCCACCGGGAUUUUCCGGCGAAUUCUGCCAGAACCAAGAUUAUUGCUUUACACGGCCUUGUGUUCUUACAAUUGGAGUGUAUGUGGACACGAGUUUGGAGGCGACAUCGAUCCGUGAAAAUCGCAAACAAGAGCUCCUCAAAGAUAUGGAUAUUCAAAAACUGAUGAAUGAUCGAAAUCGCCAAUACUACUCGAUCGCAAAAUUUCGACGGCCAACUCUGGGUGGAAUCAAGGAGUCUAUCGUUGGCAAAUAUCUUGUGCCUGUUCUUCCCUUCGACGUUGGACCAAAUAACUUGUUCCGACAUUUUAAGGAGGCCAUCCCCAUUGCAAAAAUGAUGAACUUGACACUAGUUAUUCCCCCUUUUCAUCGACAUCCAAGAAUGGAGAUCUUUGUGAAUCCUGGAGAAAACGCUGAUCCCAAUGAAAAGUACAUUCCGAAAGUGAAAGUGCCCAUCUUUGAUACAGAUUACACUGUUGAGAUUGAAACAAACCCGGAACACACGGUCGAUUUUGAUCUUCUCCGCUCGUUUCAUCCGGCCAUUCCGUAUUCCGAGUUCGAGCUUGCGUGUGGAAAGACCAUUGAGACUCUUAUUGAGUGUGGAGACAUCGACCCAAAGCGACACCAGGGAUUCAAGUAUUUCAACGCUGCGACGGGAGUAAAGGUGGCCCAUCGAAUGAAUGUAGCUCAUUUCCAUCCGACGCACGAGCUCUCUCGGAAUAUGUACAAUCUCGCAAGGAAAAUCGAGCUUCACGAGUCCAACUGUAUCGGACUCGCUAUCGGAAAGAAGUGCCUUGGAGAUAGAGAGCGCUACAUGAAACUUUGGAAGGAAUAUGGACCCUACGUGCGAAGACCACAUGAUAUUCAGGCAGAGUUUCUAAAGAUUCGCUUUUUCCAAACGAAGUAUCUUUGUUUCAGCUAA